CAGUAAACGGUGAAGGAGUGUAGACAGAGUUCUGCCUCCAGCCAGGCUGCCGAAGGCACAAGCCCUUAGGAGCAGGAGCCCCUGUUCACGGUGCUGAGCUAUGUUUAGACGUGUUAGUAGCCGCAUAGUGAGAGAAGAUCUGUUUCCAGAAAAGUAGUUUUAGCAAAAGUGAUUCCGUUUGAUGGCAGAGUCCCAGUGCUAGUGGACAGCUGACGAUUUCAACUCAUCAUUACGUGUCCUGAUAACGACAUUGAUUCUUCUACCUGGAUAAACUAUUUCUUCCUGGCAGGAAAACAUUUUAAUUUUCUAAUCAAGAAGCUCUUAUUCAAUUGUCAUGUCUAUGACCCAAAGUAAAAAUGGAUGGAUAAUUCAUGUAAAUGUGUGCAACACAGCAACCUGAACCUGCAUUUGGCUCAGUAGGUGGUGAACCAUGGCAAUGUGGAUACAGGCUCAGCAGCUCCAGGGCGAUGCUCUUCACCAGAUGCAGGCGCUGUAUGGCCAGCAUUUCCCCAUCGAGGUGCGGCACUAUUUAUCCCAGUGGAUUGAGAGCCAAGCCUGGGACUCAAUAGAUCUUGAUAAUCCACAGGAGAACAUUAAGGCCACCCAGCUCCUGGAGGGCCUGGUGCAGGAGCUGCAGAAGAAGGCAGAGCACCAGGUGGGGGAAGAUGGGUUUUUGCUGAAGAUCAAGCUGGGGCACUAUGCCACGCAGCUCCAGAACACCUAUGACCGCUGCCCCAUGGAGCUGGUCCGCUGCAUCCGGCACAUUCUGUACAAUGAACAGAGGCUGGUCCGGGAGGCCAACAACGGGAGCUCUCCAGCUGGAAGUCUUGCUGACGCCAUGUCCCAGAAGCACCUUCAGAUCAACCAGACGUUUGAGGAGCUGCGCCUGAUCACGCAGGACACGGAGAACGAGCUGAAGAAGCUGCAGCAGACCCAGGAGUACUUCAUCAUCCAGUAUCAGGAGAGCCUGCGCAUCCAAGCCCAGUUUGCCCAGCUGGCCCAGCUGAACCCCCAGGAGCGCAUGAGCCGGGAGACAGCCCUGCAGCAGAAGCAAGUGUCCCUGGAGGCCUGGCUGCAGCGAGAGGCUCAGACACUGCAGCAGUACCGUGUGGAGCUGGCUGAAAAGCACCAGAAAACCCUGCAGCUGCUUCGGAAACAACAGACCAUCAUCCUGGACGAUGAGCUGAUCCAGUGGAAGCGGCGGCAGCAGCUGGCCGGGAACGGGGGUCCCCCCGAGGGCAGCCUGGACGUGCUGCAGUCCUGGUGUGAGAAGCUGGCCGAGAUCAUCUGGCAGAACCGGCAGCAGAUCCGCAGGGCCGAGCACCUCUGCCAGCAGCUGCCCAUCCCAGGCCCCGUGGAGGAGAUGCUGGCCGAGGUCAACGCCACCAUCACAGACAUCAUCUCAGCUCUGGUCACCAGCACAUUCAUCAUCGAGAAGCAACCUCCCCAGGUCCUGAAGACCCAGACCAAGUUCGCAGCCACCGUGCGCCUGCUGGUGGGUGGGAAGCUGAAUGUGCACAUGAACCCGCCGCAGGUGAAGGCGACCAUCAUCAGUGAGCAGCAGGCCAAGUCCCUGCUCAAGAACGAGAACACCCGCAAUGAUUACAGCGGCGAGAUCCUGAACAACUGCUGUGUCAUGGAGUAUCACCAGGCCACUGGCACCCUCAGCGCCCACUUCAGAAACAUGUCCCUAAAACGAAUCAAGAGAUCUGAUCGCCGCGGCGCGGAGUCGGUGACGGAAGAGAAGUUCACAAUCCUGUUUGACUCACAGUUCAGCGUCGGUGGGAAUGAGCUGGUCUUCCAAGUCAAGACCUUGUCGCUCCCCGUGGUUGUCAUCGUUCACGGCAGCCAGGACAACAAUGCGACAGCCACUGUCCUCUGGGACAACGCCUUUGCAGAGCCUGGCAGGGUGCCGUUUGCCGUGCCUGACAAGGUGCUCUGGCCGCAGCUGUGUGAAGCGCUCAACAUGAAAUUCAAGGCCGAAGUGCAGAGCAACCGCGGCCUGACCAAGGAGAACCUGGUGUUCCUGGCCCAGAAACUGUUCAACAGCAGCAGCAGCCACCUCGAGGACUACAACAGCAUGUCGGUGUCCUGGUCCCAGUUCAACCGGGAGAACUUGCCGGGACGGAACUACACCUUCUGGCAGUGGUUUGACGGGGUGAUGGAGGUGUUAAAGAAACAUCUCAAGCCUCACUGGAACGAUGGGGCCAUCUUGGGUUUCGUGAACAAGCAACAGGCCCAUGACCUGCUCAUCAACAAGCCAGAUGGGACCUUCCUGCUGAGAUUCAGCGAUUCCGAGAUCGGAGGCAUCACCAUUGCCUGGAAGUUUGACUCUCAGGAAAGAAUGUUUUGGAACCUGAUGCCUUUCACCACUAGAGACUUCUCCAUCCGGUCCCUGGCUGACCGCUUGGGGGACUUGAAUUACCUCAUAUACGUGUUUCCUGACCGGCCGAAGGAUGAAGUCUAUUCUAAGUAUUACACGCCAGUCCCGUGUGAGCCUGCCACCGCCAAAGCAGCUGACGGAUACGUGAAGCCGCAGAUCAAGCAAGUGGUCCCUGAGUUUGCUAACGCAUCUACAGAUGCGGGGAGCGGCGCCACCUACAUGGACCAGGCCCCCUCUCCAGCAGUGUGCCCCCAGGCUCACUACAACAUGUACUCACAGAACACCGACUCUGUCCUUGACACCGACGGGGACUUCGAUCUAGAAGACACGAUGGACGUGGCGCGGCGCGUGGAGGAACUCUUAGGCCGGCCCAUGGACAGUCAGUGGAUCCCUCAUGCCCAGUCAUGACCAGACCUCGCCGCCUGCAGCUUCAUCAUCCUCGCGGAGGAACUUUCUUGUGGAUGUUUUAAUUCCAUGAAUCGCUUCUCUUUGGAAACAAUACUCAUAAUGUGAAGUGUUAAUAUAGUUGUGACUUUAGUGUUCCUGUGCAUCGUGGCACCAGUGAAGGGAGUGUGUGUGAGUGUGAAUGUGUGGGUUUGCACGUUGUGUUCCCCCCCCCCUCCACCCCUUGCUGUCCAGUCUAAGCUGCAGUGCCAGGGCAGGGGCCGGGCUUGUUUUCACCUCGUGCAAAGAGGCGGUCGGUCCCCUGGACCCUGGAACCUGGCCAUGUGUCUUAAGGGUGGCCGAACUUUGACACGCGACUGUUCAAGUAAGAAAAGGACAAAGAGAGGAAAAAGCACCUCCUCUCUGGGGAGCCUUCCUCCCUCGGCCAGGCAGUCCAUAGUCCACGCCAGCUGCCAUUGUCUCCUCCUGUCUUCUGAAAUGUCGGUGACUGUCUGUUGAUGGAGAAAGCCAAUGCCUCACAGGUCCCCGUCCCCUUUGCGCAUACGGAUGGGAAGGGAAGCUGGAUAAAGAGUGUUGGGGCAAAGGUGGCCGCAGGUUUUUGGAUGGGUGGUGGCUGUUUCCACCACUUAACCCGUCCUAACAUUGGCUCCUUGUCCUCUGCUUCCUCAGUCUCUGUUUCUAGAUUGCCACUCAGCUUAUGUGUGUGUACUCGUGUGGAUAUGUUUAACAAAAUAAUGGCAAGGAAGGAGGGCCACCCAGCCCAGGGCUGACAGGUGAUGCCCUGUGCUCUGCCAGCGUGGCCCGUCUGUGCUACCCUCCCCCACUCUGUGCUGUGGCGAGGCUGUGCCUACAUUAUCCAAGGCUCUUCUAGAAGCUUGUGGAUAACGGCUUUCUGCAAAUGUCCAGUGGUGGUUUUGUUUCUAAAUCAGGUCUUUUUAUGUUUUUCCCAUUUGCACCCUAAUUUGACAUCGAAGUUCUCUCUUCCUGUAUCAAGUCCUGGGUCCUCUGUACCCAGGUCACCCCUUUUCCCGCCAGUGUCACAGAGUGUCCUGAGGAAUAGGUGGUAGGGAUUGUGACCCAUACCUGGGGCCAGCCUGCCACGCAGGCAGCCACCACCGUGGGGUGCUGGGUGCUGUUGGGAGUUAGGCAAAUGCAGUCAGCAGGUUGCUGGGAAGUUGGGUAAGCUUUAGGAACGAGAAGGACGGCUGGAGUGUCCCCAGAAGGAAGGAAGGGGCUGCAGAGGGCAGGCAGGGAGAGGGGCAAGCAGAGAGCGGUUACCUCUCAGGCCUGCAAAGCCCUCCUUGGCUUCCUCUCCAAACACGGGCAGAGCCACACCCAGGAGAGGAGGGCCCCAAAACCUUAUUUUUAUACAUGCAAGUAAAUAAACCUAUUUUUUUUACAAAAAUAACUUCUGAAUUUAUCAGUGUUUUACUGUUAAAGGAAAAUACUCCUGUGUCGUAAAUUAUUUAUUGGAAGAUGACUUUUUAAAAGCUGCUGCUUGCCUUGGCUUGGUUUUGUACACUGAUUUUUCUAUGCCUGGCGGUAGCCUCUCUGCCUCAGGUGCUCGCUGGAUGGAGGCGGCGUGAGGCCUCUCCCUGCCCCCUCAGGAGAAGGCUGGAGCUGCUUGAGGAAUCCAGGCUUAUGGGACUCUUCCCCACCUGUCAUGUGGCCUGUUUGUCCCGGUAACCCUCCCAAGGGUGUGGACUUGACGCACUUCUAGAUUUACUGUGGACACGGCCCCAGAGCAUGGGGGUAACAGAGCAGCCUGGCACCCCUAGAAGGUUCCAAGCUUACUCUCGAGUUGGGUUGGAGAAGAAGGUGCCCAAGUAAGGCUUCCACACGGUCGCUUCGCUCCCCUGGGUUUUACUGAGGCUGUACCUGGAGAUGGGAGAGGCUUUGAACUGGAAGCUGUGUUCCCUGUCUGCAUGUCUCUCUCUCUCUCUUUCUCUCUCUCUCUCUCUCUAUCUCUCUCUCUCUCUCUCUCUUUCUCUCUCUCUCUCUCUCUCUGCCCGACUCCUGCACACAAAGACGAGGCCAGGGCAGAUCUCCACCCACCUCUUGCCUGCUCACAGACCCACACGUGAGUCCUGAAAGGUCUCAGCUUGGGGGUGUGGCGUGGGGGGGGCUUUGUCGGGGUGGAAGAAGAUUCAAAGUGGCUUUCUCUAACAAUGAAAAUAUUCUUCUGUAAUUUUUCUUUUUAACAUUUUAUUUCAGAUACAUAUUUUAGUGUUGAGGCAGAUUAGUAUAUAGCCACCAAAAAGUAUUGUGUAUAAAUUGGAACAGCCACAAAAUUGUGUAUUUUAUGUUACAAUAAAGGAGUCUUCUGAAGGACAA